CAACCACAGAACAUCCGCCUGAUGGCGGAUGUUCUGUGCAGUCAACAGUCAAAACAAGUGAAGCCAGAGGCGAGCAUUGUAAGGUUAGGAGUGUUUGUUUGGUGUAAAGGGCCCCAUUAGCCGCAAUGGACGAGGUGGAUGACCCGAUGGAGAUUGACGAGCCGCUGCCGGUGAGCGCCAUCAUCGAGCGCACCCCUGACAAGCUGCAGGCGCCGCAGGCGCAGAGCAUUCUGAUCGAGGACGACGACGAGCAGGCCGUGGWGGCGCCGGGGGCGGAGCCCCARSCGAAGGAGAUUAUCGACUUGGUGGAAAAGCCGCGGUCCAACCGGUGCAUCAACGCCGGCUGCGCGGGGGCCAGCGCCCAGUUCCUGGCGGCCCCCGAUUUCUGCCUCUCGUACUUCCGGGUGAAGAAGUCGUCCAGCCACAAGGCGGAGAUUUGCAUGGCGUGUUAUUGGCGCGCCGUCGAAGACAACGACAAGCUGGCCACCAGCCUGCAGGCCGGCCAGUUGCUGUUUGAGGUGGACUUUCCGAUUAUAAACGAAACGUUGCAAAUCGACGACUCGGACGAGGAGGGGCAGGAGGGCGACGCGCAGAAGGACAGCAUCAGUGAGGAGAACUUGGAGUUUAUCACGCGCAACAUCGAGUCGGUGCUGCUGGAGACGAUGGAGCGGCUGGACAUGAAGUCGCACCUGCAGCGGGAGCGCGCCUACCUGCACUCGCGGGCGCAGUCGGUGGGGAGCGAGUGCGCCCAGCUGAGUGAGGGGCUGAAGCAGGUGCGCAGCACUCUGGACCGCAUGCAGAUCGAGCUCUACAACGAGUUCCGGCCCGAGAUCAAGGCGCAGAAGGGGCUGAUGAUCCUGGACGAUUUCUCGCUCAGCCCCACGCUGCAGAUCCGGCCGGAGAACKUGCCGGUUCUGGACGUGGCUGCGCCCGCCAAGCUGGAGGCGCUCGGGGCCCGGCUGGCCCCCCUGGCCACGCCCACUGUGCCCGUCGACCUGCCAGUCAGCUUGGAGCUGGACAAACCGCCUCCGGUAGUAGAUGGCAUCUACUACAUCAGCAAGCAGAACAACUUCCUGGGGUCGUGGAUCAAGGCGCGCCUGCAGCAGAUCAUUCCGGCGCGCAGCGCCUACAAGGGGCAGUUCUACAAGAGGACCCACUACCGUCUGGUGGAGCUGAAGCAGCAGCACGAGCGCAUCCUGGAAGGCAAAUACGUCGCCUACUUGGGGCCGUGCAAGUCGCGCCUCACUGUGGGCUCCCGAGUGCUGUCCCAGUUCAAGGAAACGAACGCCGUCGCCCAGGGCAAGCGCCCCCGCGCCGUUCCCUAUUAUGCGGGUGUCGUCGGCGAACAUCCAGUGGAAAACAACCACUUCCGGUACCUGAUAUUCUUCGACAUUGGCUACGCCCAGUACGUGCAGCACUCGGACGUGAAUCUGAUCUUCGAGGCGCCCGAGCACGUGUGGGAGGACAUGCCGGAGGACACGCGCCCCUUCAUCCGCAAGUACCUGGAGAGCCAGGACCGGCCGAUGGUGAAGCUGAGCAGCCAGCAAAAGGUCAAAGUCGAGUACAACGGCAAGUGGUGGCUGUGCACCGUCAAGAGCGUGGACUGCUCCCUGGUGCAGGUCUACUUCGACUCGAUCGAGCGCUGCGAGUGGAUCUACCGCGGCUCGACGCGCCUCAGCCCCAUGUUCAGGGAGGAGCUGGCGGCCACCACGCGCCACAUCGGGCUGCGCACGCCCAGGAAGCUGGGCGCGAACGAGUCCGCCACCGUGGUGCAGUACAAGCGCAACGACGACUACGUGCAGCAGCCGGCCGCGCCCGACCAGGCGCCCAGGGCGGUGGCGCGCAAGAGCACCACGCGCCCGAACCGCGUCAGCCAGCCGGCGCCCAAGUGCGUGCCCUUCUUGCCCACGGCCAUCAACGCCGAGCCGCCCAAUGCCGCCGGGCCCACCAGCAAAAUCAUGUACUUUACGCCCAGGGACCAGCAGGUGACCAAGCGCGAGUACCGGGCGCACCAGUGCAGCAGCGCCUGCAAGGCCUACAUCACGCACAACUUCGUGAAGCUGCGCGGGCACAAUCCGCUCAGCAAGCCGCUGCUGUGCGGCUGGGCGCGCAUGACGCUGAAGGACCGCGGGCGCAAGUCCAUCAUCUACAAGGCGCCCUGCGGGCGCAUGGUGCGCGACAUCAGCGAGGUCCACGCCUACCUGCAGGCCACCCAGAGCGAGAUGACGGUGGAUCUGUUCGACUUCAACCACAUGGUGCGCUGCCUGGCCGAGUUCAACGUCGAGUGCGUGCCUGAUCCGAAGGAUCUCUCCUCGGGGUUGGAGCAGGUGCCCAUCCCGGUGAUCAACGGCUUCAACAACGACAUGCUGGACUUCUGCAACUACUCGACGCGCCGGGUGCCGAUGGAGGGCGUGCACAUGAACCUGGACGAGGACUUUCUGUGCGGGUGCGACUGCGACGACGACUGCGUGGACAAGCUGAAGUGCGCCUGCUGGAAGCUGACGCUGGACGGGCUGCGCUACUUGGGCAAGGACGUGGAGCCCACCUCCGUGGGCUACAUCUAUCGGCGGCUGCAGGAACAGGUGAUCACCGGCAUCUACGAGUGCAAUGCGCGCUGCAAGUGCAGCGCCACCUGCCUGAACCGGGUGGCGCAGAACCCGAUGUCGCUCAAGCUGCAAGUGUUCAAGACGCACAAUCGCGGCUGGGGCAUCCGGUGUUUGAACGACAUCCCCCAGGGGGCGUUCAUCUGCAUCUACGCGGGCACGCUGCACACCGAGCAGACGGCCAAUGAGGACGGCAAGCAGUACGGGGACGAGUACUUUGCCGAGCUGGACUUCAUCGAGACCGUGGAGAAGUACAAGGAGGACUAUGAGGAGGAGGCGCUGGAGGACGAGGAGGGCUCGGAGCCGGAGCGCCAGCGCGACGAGGACGAGGAGGAGGAGGAGGCCAAGGCCUCCUCCAAGAAACGGAACGUGUACAUGCACGACAACGACUUCCAGCCGGGGCAGGUCCUGAAGCAGCUGCCCCCGCAGGGGAUCAGGGCGCGGUUGCGCAAGCGCAAGGAGGAGCCCGAGCCGCAGAGCGCCGCCCUGGAGCAGGCCACCGAGGACAUGGACACCGUCACCAUCAGCGACGACGACGACGAUGGGCGCGAGGUGCUCAGCUUCAACCCCAUGGCCAAGGAGGUGGACGAGCGCAAUGCCAAGUACCUGUCGGUGCGCGAGCUUUUUGGGGCGGAGGAGCGCGACAACAUCUACAUCAUGGACGCGAAGAACGCAGGCAACAUCGGCCGCUUCCUGAACCACUCCUGCUCGCCGAACGUGUUCGUGCAGAACGUGUUCGUGGACACGCACGACGUGCGCUUCCCCUGGGUCGCCUUCUUCUCGCUGCAGUUCAUCCGCGCAGGCACCGAGCUCACCUGGAACUACAACUACGACAUCGGGAGCGUCCCUGGGCGCAUCCUGUACUGUCACUGCGCCUCGCUGGAGUGCAAGGGGCGCCUGCUUUAGAUUAGGUUGGGCAAUUAAACGAUGGUUGUUUCUAAGGCA